GCUCUCUGAAAUGUCUUCCCUUCUCUAACAGGUCAUCGUUCUCGGACAUUUCCUCCCGAGCUUUCAACGAUACCACCAUGGUGCUGCUGGGGAGGGUCCGAUUUAUUAUACCCUCCUUCCUGGUGGUAACUUUGCUAUUUAUGGCCUGGCCGUACUUCACUCCGCCUCCACCUAAAGACUUUGAUGAGAGGCCGUUUCGCGGUUGGCAUCCUCAUUCACCGCCGCCGAAAAGUUGGCUUCAAUCCGAUGGCAUUUGGGCUAAACGUGCAUCACAGGUCAAGGAUGCGUUUUUGCAUGCCUACAGAGGAUAUCGAGAAUAUGCUCUUCCUCACGAUGAGCUGCUACCGUUGUCAAGCCAAUCCGUGGAUAAUUUCAAUGGCUGGGGUGUGACAUUAGUUGAUUCUCUCGAUACCAUGUUGAUCAUGGGUCUUUAUGAUGAGUUCUACGACUCAAUGUCAGUUAUCUCUAACAUGUCAUUUGCGCUAAAGAACGACUCGUAUGCACCAUUUUUUGAGACAGUCAUUCGCUACCUAGGCGGUUUGCUGUCUGCCCAUGCCCUCUCCCAUGAGCCAGUUCUACUGGCAAAGGCUGACGAUCUCGGGAGAAUGCUUCUUCCAGUAUUCAAUACUUCCUCCGGCCUUCCCAUGUAUGCUGUCAAUACCAUCACAGGAGAGACGAGGUCGGGAUGGGCAUCUGGUACUGUUCUAUGGGCUGAAGCACUCAGUUGCCAGCUUGAAUACAAAUACCUCGCUCAUUUGACUGGGCGUCGCGAAUACUUUGACAACGUAGAGAAAAUCAUGGACAUUAUGCGUGAUGCAAAUAUUGAAGAGGGUCUGUUCCCGACAAAAUGGCGAUUAACGACAGCCAUUCCCUAUAACAGUCAAUUCUCAGUUGGCGCUUUUGCCGACAGCGCGCAUGAAUACCUAUUGAAACAAUGGCUCCUCACGUCAGGAAGCGAAGCAAAAGCUAAAGAUCUCUACCUCCGUGUCGUCAACAGUAUCCUGAAACACCUUCUCUACGUCUCUCCAAAUCGAAAUCUUCUUUACGUGACCGAUGUCGACCAUGGUGUCCCAAGCCACACAUUCGAGCACCUCUCAUGUUUCCUUCCAGGAUUACUUACGCUCGGGGCUCAUACUUUACCUCUUUCACCUCGCGACAGACAGUUGCAUUCUUGGGCAGCGCAAGGUCUCGCGUAUACGUGCUGGCUCAUAUAUGCUGAUCAUCCCUCAGGGCUAGCUCCGGAUGAGGUGGUUAUGAACGCUGUUCCUUAUGCUGGAAAUACUAGUUAUACCGUGGAUAACCCUUCGCAUGAGUAUACCGCUGGAGUGUGGUUGGAACAUGUCAAAGAGUGGGAGAAUCAUGGAAGUCCCGGAGUUCCUCCAGGAUUGGAAGAGAUCUCUCCGGCUGUAUCAGGACCUCGAGAUUAUCUAGCACGCAAACCAGGGUAUUUGUUGAGGCCAGAGGCUGUUGAAAGCUUUUACCUCAUGUGGAGGACAACAGGCGACGAGAAAUGGCGUGAACGCGGGUGGGCUGUUUUCGAAGCCAUACAGAAGGAGACGAAGACACCCAUUGGAUAUGCGAGCGUGUCUACGGUGGAGCAAUCACCUUCGCCUCAGUUGGACGAAAUGCCGAGUUUCUUCAUGGCCGAAACAUUGAAAUACUUAUACCUCCUCUUUAACGACGAAGAGAUUAUACCCUUAGAUCGCUGGGUUUUCAAUACCGAGGCACACCCCCUACCGAUCUUCGAAUGGACACCAUGGGAGAAGAAACAGUAUGGGAUCAAAUAAUUGAUUCACAAGGAGUUCUUCACAACAUAGCAGCAUAUGCGUCCACUCUGCUGUUCAUUCAGUUUAUCAUACCAUUUCACUUAUACCUAACUUCACAAGCCACCACGGACUGGGUUACUAGGGAUUUUGAUCACAGGAUGUCACAGCCUACAUAUUGUAUACAUUGUUUUGAAUUGAGCAUGCAGAAGCCGAAUUCCACCUGCCCAAAAUGACCUCACGCCUCAGUCAUCACCGAAUCACUACCCCCUGGUUCAUCCGAUUUCUUCUUCUUACUCUCCCGCCCAGUCAAAAAGACAUCAUCCGCUGCAGUAAUGUUCUCUGGUGUCUGCGACUUCGCCUGCUUCUCUUGGAUCUUCUUCAAUAGCGCCUUCUUAUUCUUCAAUCGACCAAGUUCGCGCUGUUCAUGUUCCAAAUCCACUUGUUUUGGCAUGGAGGCGAGGUGAGCAUAUAGGUCGAGUAUUGUUAGGUCCGCUUGUGUGGCGGAGAUGAGGCAUUUUGAGUUAAUGGUGGAAAGAAGAGGGUUCUCGGCACCGUCUGAAAUGUCCAGCUAUUCGCGAAGAUGAGAAUAUCGUCCUUUGAGCGAGUACUGUGAUACAUACCUUGUUGCCAAUC